AUGGCAAUGGCGCGCCUGCUCGUCGUCGUCGGUGCUCUACUCGUGCUCGUAGCGUUGACCGCGAAAGCAGACAUCCACAAUUUGCCAACCAAAUGGGUCAACGCUGCCAGCUCGACUGCUCCGCAACUGUCCACCAAGAAUGUCGUCUUGUCGCCUGCGAUGGGUUGGUUGACUUGCUCUGGGUCGACCGGAGGCUAUUGGGACUCGGGUUCCGGUUACUACAGUACUAGUACAGGAUCGCUUCGGCAAGACCUGUUCACAAACGAGAUCACCAUUCGCUACAUUCAAGAGUACCUUGCCAAUGCUGGUGCCAGCAUCUAUUCCACUCGAGAGCGCUGGUUUGAGACUCCCACAGAAGUCAUCAUCAACGACAAUGACACCGCGACUGCCAAGAAAGUGACGUACACAGGCAGCGGAUGGGAUUCUGCAACAAGCGUUUCAGGAUAUGGCUCCAAUCAACACUGGGUCGCAGGAUCUACUUCGGAAUCUGCCCAAGCCACGUUUACCGCUACACUUACCACGUCUGGCUACUACCCCGUGUACAUGACUUGGCCUGCCACGUCAAACCGAGGCUCUCCAGAUAUUCGCAUUACGCAUUCCGGCGGCAUACAGACAGUGUCGGUUCCAAUGUAUCAAUUCGACUCGAUCUUUGUGUAUCUUGGUCGCUACUACUUUACUGCUGCGGCGGGAAUCAAGGUCGAGAUUACCAACAAAAUGACGGUCAUUUCGGGCAAGUUUGCGAUGGUUGAUGCGGUUCGCGUCGGAUGCGGAGCGUCAACAGCUGGCAUUCCACGCUGGAAGCUGUCAGCCCAGGACUUUCUGUACUACAUGAGUCAAGGCCAGUAUUCAACCCUGGGUCUUCAAGUGGCAGCCAACUCAGCGCCCACCCUUGAUACCGACUACCUGGCCAGGGCAAAGUUUUCGACCUACAUGUUCAACCAGAAGAUGGAUGCAGAUUUUGCCAACAGGCAAAAUGGCGCUGACUGGCUGUACGCAGGUAUUGGUGCAAGUGGAGUCCCUGGAGGCUCGGGUGUCUCAACUGUAACACCCAACACGAACCCCAGCGGUCUCAGUGCAGCGCUCUACACGGCGUGCGGCACCGCGGCAACUAGCGUGCGCGUGAACGUUCAGCAGGCAACCGGACAAAACAACCAAGGAGGCUCCCUCGAUGCGUCCAAAACGGAAUUGACCCAAAACACCAAGAUGCCGUCGUUCAUCACAUACACCAUUGAUGUGUUCAACGGCACUGAAAUGGCGCUGAUGGCGAAAGAAUCCUUCCGCGAAACGCUGGGUCGUGCCAUCUACAAGGGCAUCCACAAGUACUUUGUUCCAUCGUCUCCUACCAUCAUCCCUCUGCCGGUCACCAACCUUUACUCUACCGUCAGGACCGGAAACAUUUGCCUUUGCUGGGUUCAGCCAACCGAUCCGCUGGAAUCAAGUGCAGUUGCGUCAGUGUACAAGCUGUACACCUCCACCGACGGUCGCGGCUGGGACGCAGGUGUCAUUUUCGGGUCAAGUUCUCUGGUGGUUAUCGAAGGAAACUACGGCAACAGCAUCGUGUGUGGUGGCACGAGAUUGGUCGCGGUCGACACGCAGUACUACUUCAAAGUUGUUGGUGUCAAUGCUGGAGGAGAGGCUCUUACAAAGCUUACAGUCGCUGGGUACCGCAACUCUGGAAGCAGUCCGCGCAUUCUUGUGGUUGAUGCUUUUGACGCCGACUUUAUCCACACGAACGACAAUAUCGAGGGCCGCUACACACGCGAGUACGUAUACGAGUAUGCUAGUGCGCUACAGGCUGCAGGCUACCGCUGCGACUCGGCCACCAAGAACACGCUGCUCGACCCGACAUGGGUGAAUGACUACCUGGUGAACUACGAUACUGUGAUCUGGUUUGCAGGCGAGAACACUGGCAUUGACGUGUUCCCUGCCGCGCAUCAAGCUGUCAUCAACACAUGGAUUGCUGCUGCUACUUUCACCAACCCGCGUUCUUUGAUUGUCAGCGGCUCGCACGUCGCUUCGGGUCUUGCAGCGGCUGGUGGAGCAAGUGCGACCUUCCUUGCCAACAACCUGGGUGCUGGUUACGCCGGUGCUACUGCCAGCGCGCCAUUCAUUGCUCGCCAGGCUGUCGACCCAGGCUUCACGAUGAGCGGCACUGUGACGUUCAACUCGGUCAUCGCGCUUGGCAACCCCUACCUUGUUCAAACCCCUGACAUCCUGACUACCGUUGGAAACGGCAUGGCUGCACUGUACUACAACGCUUCCGGCACCAACAUUGCUGGUGUGAGCACUGUGGGCGGCAGCUACUCGUCGUUUUUGCUUGCCAUGCCAUUCGAGACAAUCAAGUCGAGCACUGAGCGCACUACGCUGAUGACGUCGAUUGUGAAGAGCGUGAUUCAACGUCGUGCCAGCUCUGCCAUUUCUGCAGCAACUGCGAGCGCUGCAACUGUUGCGUCUACGUCACAAGCAUCAGUGGCGACACUGUUGGCAGCUACGGCUUCAGCGAUCUCGACAUCGAUUGCAUCGUUCGCUUCAGAAACACUUGAUGUCACUGCUGCCUCGUCCGCUUCAAAGGCAUCCGAUGCCAGUGCUGCCUCGUCUUCUUCAAAGGCAUCCGAUGCCAGUGCUGCCUCGUCUUCCAUUGCACUCGCGACGAGUGCCGCUUCUGUUGCUUCUGCCGCUUCUGCUGCUUCUGCUGCGUCAGCCGCUGCAUCUUCUGCAUCUUCUGCUUCUGCUGCUUCUGCUGCCUCUGCUGCCUCGUCUUCCAUUGCACUCGCGACGAGUGCCGCUUCUGUUGCUUCUGCCGCUUCUGCUGCUUCUGCUGCGUCAGCCGCUGCAUCUUCUGCAUCUUCUGCUUCUGCUGCUUCUGCUGCCUCUGCUGCCUCGUCUUCCGUUGCACUCGCGACGAGUGCCGCUUCUGUUGCUUCUGCCGCUUCUGCUGCUUCUGCU